GACCACAAUAGACGUUUCCCUAACGACUCUCUCUUACGUGAUAUUACCUCCGUUUCUCAGUGCCUCUCUUCCCUCCAAGUCGGCUGUGGUCUUCGUCUUCGUAAAUCCAAUUCAGCCAUGGCGUCCAUUCCAGUCAAGAAACAGAAGAAGAGAGAGAAAUACAGUCUCGCAGAACUGAAAGCCCUAGGCCACCAACUUCUCUCUUCUAGGGCACACAUCAACAACCUCCCUAUCCUCCUCACCUUCGUCUCCCCUACCUCUCCCCCUCACUACACACUCGAAUCUUUGCUAUCUUUACAGUCAUUCUUCACUCCUCUCCUCCCCCAACUCCCUCCCUCUUCCGCCUCUAAACUUUCCUCCCAAGUUUCACAGAAUGACCCCGAAUUCAUCUACCGAACUUGGGUCCGUUCCAAGUUCGACGACCUCAUCAGAAAACUCAUCGAUAUUGCCGUAUCUCCGGAUUCUGAAGAAGCUCUCAGAGAAGUUGUGUUGGACACAAUAAUGGAGUUUGUAAAGGUUGGGAAUGGGGGAAGGUUUCACUCUGCUAUAUAUCACAGGUUGAUUCAGAGUAUUGUUCACUCUGCGUUGGAGAUUGAUAUAUUUUUAGAUUUUCUUGCGUCGAAGUAUUUCAAGUACAUUGAUGUCCGUUAUUUUACUUACAUCACUCUGGAAAAGCUAGCUCGAACUUUGGAGACAGAAGAAACAUCUGGCAACAGCAUUGCAAAUGUGGAUGGCACUAACGAAAGUCAAUCAAGAGCAAGCAUAGAGCGUUCUAUUCAUAAGAUAUACCGUAUUUUAUUACACAUCCCCACUCUUGAAGGCCUGGAUGAAAAAGCUAACUAUGAAAUGUGGAAUGAGUCAGGAACUUUUACUAAAGAAGGUGAUAAGAAAGAGCAUUCUAGGUUUCUGAAAGCAGAAGAUAACCAGAAGAAGACAGAAAAAUCUCGUAAUAAAGUAUUUUCUGCAUCUAAUGUUGCCAAACGGAUGAAAUUGAAGUUUACUAAUGCAUGGAUAUCAUUUCUUAGGUUAUCGCUUCCUCUUGAUGUAUACAAGGAGGUUCUUGUUAGUCUCCACCAGGCAGUUAUUCCUUAUAUGUCUAAACCAAUCAUGUUAUGUGAUUUUCUGACAAGAUCCUAUGAUAUUGGCGGUGUUAUCAGUGUCAUGGCUCUUAGCGGCCUGUACAUUCUUAUGACACAACAUAAUUUGGAGUAUCCUAACUUCUAUGAAAAACUAUAUGCGCUGUUGGUGCCCUCUAUCUUUAUGGCAAAGUACCGUGCAAAAUUUUUUGAGCUUCUUGAUUCUUGCCUGAAAUCGCCACUUCUUCCAGCAUAUGUGGCUGCUGCUUUUGCUAAGAAAUUGAGCAGACUGGCACUUUCAGUCCCUCCUUCAGGAGCACUGAUCAUUAUUGCAUUAAUUCACAACAUUUUGCGGAGACAUCCUUCAAUCAAUUUUCUGGUGCAUCAGGAUGGUGUUGGAGCUGCCGCAGAUGAUUCAGGAGCAGGAGAGGAGCAUGGUGAUGGUGCAGAGGACUCCUGUACCAACGUAGAAAUGGCUAUUAAAAUGCCAGGUGUUGAUCAUUUUAACAAUGAGGAAAGUGAUCCUGUAAAGAGUAAUGCCAUGAGAAGUUCUCUAUGGGAGAUUGAUACCCUCCGUCACCACUACUGCCCACCGGUUUCAAGGUUUAUUUUGUCACUGGAGAAUGAUUUGACAGUCAGAAGCAAAACCACUGAAGUCACAGUCAAGGAUUUCAGUUCUGGUUCAUAUGCCACAAUAUUUAGAGAGGAGAUUGGACGGAGGGUAAAACAGGUACCACUUGCAUUCUACAAGGCAACUCCGACCUCCCUGUUCUCCGAAUCUGAUUUUGCUGGCUGGACUUUUAAAUGUCAAGACAAUGAAGAGCCUGUUAAUAGGAGUGAAGAUGACAGGAUUAUAGAUUUAUCUGAAGUACAUGGUCAUGAUUCCGCAAAAAGACAGCGAGUAGAGAGCUCAUGAGUGCUCUCCCGUGGUCAAAUUUUGACUAAUUUUCCUGUAUUUUGUAACUUAUAUGAUGCAAAAGGCGUUUUUCUUCUUAUUUUCCUUUCCUUCUUUUUAUUUUUAUUUUUAUAUUUUAUAUUUUAUUUUUUACCCUACCAUAUUUAAAUACACUACUUGUCAUGCCAAAUGUAAUUGUAACUUGAAAUUGCAAUUAUUUGUUGUAGGUUACAUUUGGUAGUAUAGAAUGUGCACUUUAAAUUUGAAAUGGAAGGAAAAGUGGUUUAAUUUUGGGGUUUUGAUUCCAA